CAUCGUGUAUAGUUCUCUCUACAGUGUUUUAUUUGAGAAAUGAAUUAGUUUGGCAGAUGCAUUCAAUAAAAUGUUGCCAAUUGGACACUCAGUUCGGAUCGGGUUAGCAACAAAACAGCACAGUAAAACGGAUAAAAAAUUGAGUGAUAUGUGGUACUGACAUUAAACUGCCAACACAAGACUCACAACAAUAGACACAAUAAAACUCGUUUUUCCUCUCUCUCACUCUCUCUCUCUCUACAUGGAAUAUUAUGAAAGAGAAUUUAUUCAAAAGAAAUCAUUAAAAUACACCUUGGUACCCAUAUUUUUUAAAUAAAUACGUGUAUAUCAUUGAUAUAUUAGCUUGGAUGUAUAAUUGAAGCCCUACGAAGUGUAAAGAACAAAAUUGUAUGAAGUGAAUAAUCUAAAAUUGUUCUUGAUUUUUUCAUUGCUAAAAUUCCGUUUCAAUUUAGUUAUCGUACCAUGGGCUACGACUUUGACUCAGCUAUAAAUCAGCCCGAAAAAAUUAUAACAAAAGAAUUACAAAACUAUUCUUCUAGCAAUAGUUCAAAAUUGGACAAAUACCAACAAAUUUUUAAAACGGAAACAGCAAGAGCGACCGGUAAUCAUUUAAAGGCGUCAGUAAAAGUGCUUUUAGCGGAACAAAAACAUCAAUCGUUUUUGCAAGUACUGCAUGACAACCAAGUUACGUUGGCAGGACGCAAAUCAUUUUUUACAAUCAAUAUUCGGACGCAGCCAAGCUCUUUGCAAAUAAAUUGCUCCAAUUGCUAUAGCCGCAACCCAAAAAUUAAAAAAAAUGACCGGGAGAAUUAUCGAUGGUGUCGCUGGAAUCAGAAGUAUACGUCCAGGGGACGUAGCAGCAAUAAUGGAAAAUCUAACGAUUUUGCUGGAAAAUCUUUACUGGCUGGAAUACCCACGUGCCAUAUUCAAACUAACAUAACAAAUGCUACAGGUAUAGACAAAAAUAAUUUUCGGCACCAAGAGAAUUUAUACAAUGUGUGUAUGGAGAGAUCUUUUGCCUAUCUAACGUUAUGCAUAAGCAAUAUCGCCAGAUCUGUUGUCCCCGUAACUAUGUCAGCCGCAAUUCUUUCGAGUCUGAGCACCACUUUAGGAGCUGGAUAUCAGUAUAUGGCACAGCAUUACAAACAAUAUAGCCAAUCGUUUAGCUUUUAUGCGGCUUCCAGUGUUAUAUUGAUGCUGUGCUAUCUGACGACCCCAUCCGCGGCUGCUGCUACACAAUCGGAAACGGUUGCCAUCGAUAAGCAUCCAAUCAUCGAUUGGUCAAAAUUUGACGAGUCCAGUUCAGAUAAAGAGAUUUUAGAUUUAUUACUUGAGAAGAAACGAUAUGAUAAACGAUUACUGCCACCUGUGAAUGAUGAAGACUUUUGCUGUGGCUUGCAAUCACCCGAUAUGGCUACAAUUCAUAAUGAGCGCAGAGCACAUAAUCGCGGUACACUGACGGUUAAUGUUAACGUAUUGCUUUUAAGCUUGGCAUCACCAGAUGAGAGCAGCUUGAAAUAUGAAGUGGAAUUUCUGCUGAAUCAGCAAUGGAACGAUCCGCGUCUGCAAUAUGGCAAUAAGUCUCAUUAUGAUUUCUUAAAUGCUUUGCAUCAUCAUGAUAGUAUCUGGACGCCCGACACAUAUUUCAUUAUGCAUGGCGAUUUUAAGGAUCCCAUCAUACCAAUGCAUUUCGCUUUAAGAAUAUUCCGAAACGGGACCAUUACAUACGCAAUGAGAAGACACUUGAUAUUGUCGUGUCAGGGAAGUCUGCAUAUAUUUCCAUUUGAUGAUCCAAAAUGUUCGUUCUCAAUGGAAAGCAUUUCUUACGAGGAAGCACAAAUCAAAUAUGUUUGGAAGAAUGAUGAAGACACAUUACGGAAAAGCCCCUCGUUAACAACAUUAAAUGCAUAUUUGAUUAAAAAUCAAACAACGGCAUGUGAUCAAAAUAGUUGGCGAGGGAACUACAGCUGCCUUAGGGUCGAUUUAAUCUUUACGAGAGAUCGUGCGUUCUAUUUUACCACCGUUUUUAUACCUGGCAUUAUAUUGGUGACGUCAUCUUUUAUAACUUUCUGGCUAGAAUGGAAUGCAGUGCCUGCUAGAUCAAUGAUAGGAAAUUACAGUUGCCUGCAAGUCGAAAUGACAUUUACCCGUGAUCGUGCAUAUUAUUUUACAACCGUUUUUAUACCUGGCAUUAUAUUGGUCACCUCGUCGUUUAUCACAUUUUGGCUAGAGUGGAAUGCAGUACCAGCACGGGUUAUGAUCGGCGUGACAACAAUGUUGAAUUUCUUUACUACCUCGAAUGGUUUCCGCAGCACCUUGCCCGUUGUGUCAAAUUUGACGGCGAUGAAUGUAUGGGAUGGCGUUUGCAUGUGCUUUAUUUACGCCUCUUUACUGGAGUUCGUCUGUGUUAAUUAUGUGGGACGUAAACGACCACUACACAACGUCGUCUAUCGCCCCGGGGAAAAUCCCGUAACACAGCGACUUCCAGCAGUACUAAGCAGGAUCGGAGUAAUUCUUGCAAGUCCUUUGGCAAGCGCGAUCGGCACAUCGGAGAUGAUCAAUGCACCACUCCCAAUGAACGUAGCCGCCUCUAAAUUUAUAGCGGGUACCGGUCUAAGGGAAACAGAGACUGAAUUUCUAAGUGGUAUGAGGUGGCAGGAUGCACAUGGUGGAAUCAUUGGUGCAGCAGUUCAGAAUUUGCGAGCACGUUCUAUUAAACAUAAAAGUGGUCAUCAGAUCACAACGGCCGCUUCUUCAAAAUUAGCGGCGACAUUGUCUUCCGUAUCUACGUUGUCAACUGAAAAUGUCUACCAUGAGCCAGAAACAGAUAAAAACAGAACGAAUGUAAUUGUGACAAGUAUUAAGCUUGAAGAUAUUCAGGAAAAAGAAUUAUCUCCCAUGUUGCGCCGCUCCAUCGCAACUAGCACACCAGCAUUAGUUGUACGCAUCGACCAAGAAAAAUUAGAAGAUAACGAGGAAAAACUGGUGGAACAACCGGUGGACAACAGACGUCAAUUAAACAUGCCACUAAAACCGCCGCGUAAGAAAUCUUCGCGCUCUAAUUCUCCAAACAGCAUAUAUGUGACGGAUAUGGAAUCAGAUAUGAAUAACAGGAUAAAGACAGCUGCAGCUAAAGCUGAAGCUCCAGUGGAAAAUCCCGGUGAAAAGCGACGCGAUGCCGGCGCGCCAAAUGAAAUUGUGGCAUGCACCACAUGUGGCAGCAGUAAUAGCCCAUGCACCCAUUCGGUCAAUAAUGGAUGCGCCACAGAGACAUGUUUUGUACAGAUGCGCAAAAAGGAGCCGCCACAUCCUAUACGUGUGGCUAAGACGAUUGAUGUCAUUGCAAGAAUAACAUUUCCAACAGCCUAUGCGACUUUUCUCAUAUUUUUCUUUGUACACUAUAAGGGAUUUUCAUAAGGCUAAACUAAAAUCAACAUCAGUUAUCAAGCGCUUUACUAAAUAAAAACAAUUAUUAAGUAAUCUUCAAAUGUGGUAAAUACUCGUAAUAUCUCGGUCAUAAAUAAAUAGAAAUUUCGUCGUUAUUCAGGACAUUUAAUUUAUAUGUAACAAGAAAGCAACCCUAAUUAUUUUAAAGUACAUUAGUUGAAUCUUCAAAACAGUAAAUAUAAAGCAACAAAAAAUUAAAAGUGAUAAGCAACCUAAAAUAAUACAUAAUUUUUUGUAUAAAAUUUAAUAUACUAAGGAACUAAUUAAUUGAUAUUAUUAUAUUUUAUUUAUAUGGAAAAAAUGAACAUGUAAGAACCUUGUGGUCGGGUGCAACCGGUUGAUAAAUGCUCUGUUCACAGUAGCCCUGGUGCAAUGAAUUUAAUUGCAGUUUAUAUGGACAUUCUAAUAAUAACUAGAAGACUUUUUCUGCCAUAAAAUAAUAGAAUAUUUUAUUUUAUUUAUAUAUACGGCUGCAUUAAGUAUUUUAAGAAUGUUGAAUUAAGAUGAUGCGUUAACACAAUUUAUUACUUCGUGAACAGAGUACACAAAAAAAAAAAAAUUUCGUCUGAUUUAUUUAAAAGCCGUGAAAAAUGCUUUAAAUUCAAUAUGAAAAAUGUUGCAAUAUAUAUAUAUAUUGUUUUAAAUGAAUGAUUUUAAGAACUUAUGCUGAAAGUAUAUACCAAAAAGUAACGCCGUCUAAAAAAAACCUCAGCAAAAAAAAAAAAAAAAACAUAUAUAUAUAUAUAUAUAUGCUUUAUUGCUAUAAGUAAAUAACCAUAACACGCUAUUCGUAUUUACCAUAACUACAAUUAUUAAAAAUAAUGCGGUAAACUCAAAUGUGAGGAUGCUAUGAGUAAAAGAAUAUUGUUCUAAUUAAUUAUUUUAAUGCCUACAGAAAACUGUCACAAACAAUUUUACCAUUUUUAUGUUCCUCACUGUACUUUUAAAUUUUUAGUUAUUUUCAAUGAACGUUUUCUGUCGAAACUUGCUGUUAAACUCUGUACCCAUCUUCAAAUUUUUUACUCAGAUUUUGAACAUUAUUUAAAAUAAAGUAUAAAAAAAUGUACGAAGCCAUUCUCAAAACUAAUUUCUUUAUAUGUUUAAUUUCACAAUUCCACUUUUGUAAGCUUCAAAUUGCAAUAGGAAAAAAACUAAUCAAACUCUUUAAUGUGAAUAAAUUUUAAUACUUCCUAAACGCUUUUCGAACUGCAACCCGAAAACAUAAAAUAAAUAAUUUUCUUUUAUUGUC